GCAUUAAAGUCACUGACACCAUCAACACACUUACGCAUGACAAAUACACACAUCCAUAGCUGGAUCAAGCAAGCAGAAAGGCAGGCAGGCCCGCGGGCUCAAAAUCGCCGGCAGCCGUGCACUGCACACCAUCCAAUCCAUCCAUCCAUCCAUUCAUGGUUGCAGUUGUUUCAUGCGCUUUCCAGUGGUAGCGUGACGGCGGGGCAAGGUGACGUGCGGGCGGCUCAAAUCACCACACACAUGUGACCUUCCCGAGAGUCGCGGAACACUGGAGAACACACUGACCAUCGACAUUGAAGCACACCAUACAUACAUUCUUCGUAUGUGCAAUGCAUGUCAUGAUGUGGUGUGUGUCAAUCAAAAAUGGCCAUGAGUGACGUGACAGGGCUUCAGUCGGGAGCCCCUGCCCUAGAUCUAAAAAGGAUGCCUGACUGACUGACUCCACUCCUUACUUACCCAUGCACACAUGCAAUGCACCCACGCCCUGCAACACAAUCCAAUCCGUCUGCCCUGCUAGUCAGAACUUGUCGCUCAUGGUUGCGACGAGUAUGCCCUUGAUGGUGUGCAUUCUGUUCUCCGCCUCGUCAAACACCACCGAGUGCUCACUCCUACACCACACCACACCGCACCGCACACGCAUCGCAUCCGUGGCGCAACGCAGACACACACAAAUGCUUUCUUUGUAUGUCGAUUAGAUUGGUGUGUGGGUCACCUGAAUACUUCGUCGGUGACCUCCAUGGACUCGAGGCCGUACUUGUCACGAACCUAGCCUCACGCACCACGCGCACACGAGGCUCACACACGGGAUGGAGAGUGCCUGCCUGUCUGCCCAUUUAUGUGUGUACCUGUGUACCUACCUGUCUGCCGACGACAGUCUGCAGGUCGUGGAACGACGGCAGGCAGUGCAUGAAGAUCACAUCAGCCUCAUCUGACACACACACACAAUCCGGCCCAUGCAGUCAGUGUCUUGUGGUCCGUCCUUCCUUCCAUUGCCCGUCCCGUCCCGCCCCUCUCACUCACUCACUCACCAGUGGCUUUGAUCAUGUCCAUGUUGACUUGGUAUGCCCUGAGCUGCUGUAUGCGCUCCUCCCACAGGGCCUCCUCCCCCAUGCUCACCCACACGUCCGUGUAGAUGAUCUUGGCACCCUUGACGGCACUCGCUACGUCAGCACUGCACGAUAUAGUACCGCCCGUCGCCUUGGCCGCCUCCUGAUUCAUGACAUACAUGUAACGUACCACACGUGUCAGUCACACGUGUCCAUAAUAUAAAUGGAUGGAUGGAUGGAUCUCGCUCGUCUCCACCAGCCCAGCCCACCCACCUCACCUGCAUGUGUGUGAGAACGUCUCCCUUGGGCCAGAGGCUCUCUGGUGCGAGGGCGACGUAGUGCAUGCCCAGCUUGGCAGCCGCUAUCAUCAAAGAUAUGGCCACGUUGUUGCGGGUGUCGCCCACAAACACCAGCUUGACGCCCUUAAAACGGUCGGCGGGCAGCUGGGGCGGUGGCGGGGGUGGGGCAGAUGCAUUCGUGGCUGGGUUGGGCAGGCCAGCUGUGCCUUUCUUGUUGCCGUAGAGGAGGUGCUCCUGUAUGGUGAGCAGGUCGGCCAAUAUCUGGGUGGGGUGGAACGCAUCAGUCAGCCCAUUCCACACCGGCACACCUACACAUACCAUACACACGGGAGGCCAGCGCAUCUACAACGUGUGUGUCGAUGGAUGUCAUCUGAUGUGUUUGGCGUUUGCUGACCUGAGUGCUGUGCGAGAGUUUCGCAGACGGACUGCAGAGCACCCCUGAAUUCGAUGCCGUCAUAGUAUCUGCCCAGCACUUUGGCAGUGUCCUCGAUGGACUCCUUCUUGCCCGUGUGGGAGCCCUGCAGGUAGGUCGUCAUGCAGCCCUCAUCGUACGCAGCCACCUCAAACGCACACCCUGCACACACACACACACAACAGGACAGGACAGGACACACAGACAGCAUCCAUUGCAAUGCUAGGCGUGUGGUGUGCCGUUCUGGAAAGCAGCCCAUCCCAGCCGACUGACUGACGUGUGCGAGUGGAGUCCUUUUCGAAGACGAGGCAUAUGUUUUUGUUUGCGAGUAGAUCUCCCCUCUCCUUGCCGGUCUUCUUCUUGUGCUUGAGCGCCGCAGACAGAUCCAGCAGAUACAAGAUCUCUGACGUAUAUCCGCCACAUCACACACAGAGAAAGGUCACACAAGCGUGCAUCUGUCUGUCUGUGGGCACAGGAGGGUGAUAUGGGGGUUCUUGCCCGUUCGUGUGCCGUGUGCGCACCUUCGGCAGUGAAUUCCUUGAGUGUGAGCAGAUGUCUGCCUUUCAGCUGUGGCCGCAACGGAUGCUUCUGGAGGCUCUCCAUCGACAUUCUCGCGGCAGGGACCUCUCGAUGGCAGCAGAAUGAAGGAGAAUGCACCCUUUCAGCGCACUGAGCUGUAGAG